AUGAGGAGCAUCUUCUCUCUCACAAUGGCGCCGCUCCUCCGCCCUGGCGCCCUCGCCGCGGCGCUACUCGCCCUCGCCGUGGUCGGGGUGGCGCAGGGCCAGCAGGUGGGACUCUUGAGGGUGCCGAACAGGUCCCCGCCCACCAAGGCAAACAUGGACAGGGUGGUGCUCCCCGUGGACAAUGCCGGGGGAUUCGCCGGUUUGUGGAACAUCCUGACCGAGAACGCGGGCGUGUCCGCGAUGCACAUGGCCGUGAUGCGGCAUGGCAAGGCCGUCAUGUUCGACACGACCACGACGGGGCCGUCGCUCAUGCAGCUGCCGGCAGGGAACUGCCGCGUCGACCCCCGGAGCGACCCGCCGGGCGGCAUGGACUGCUCGGCGCACGCCGUGGAGUUCGACUACAACACUGGCGCGGUCCGGCCUCUCAAGAUCUUAACUGAUACGUGGUGCUCGUCGGGAGCGUUCGACGUGGACGGCAUGCUGGUGCAAACGGGCGGCUACUUCGAAGGGGUGAAGGUUGUGAGACGCCUGAACCCACAAGGAAAUGCCGACUGGGUCGAGUUCCCCAAUACCUUGGCCGAAGGAAGAUGGUACGCAACGCAGCAGGUGCUCCCAGACGGCCGCUUCAUCGUGGUCGGCGGGCGGCGAUCGUUCAGCUACGAGUUCGUCCCGGCCGCCGGCCAGUUGAACACCCAAUUCACUCCCCUCCCGCUUCUUCAACAAACGACCGAUGACGUGGAGAACAACCUGUACCCCUUCGUCCACCUCCUCCCGGAGGGGACCAUCUUCCUCUUCGCCAACGACCGCUCCAUCAUUUUCGACCCACAGAACGGGCAGGUCCUCCGCGAGCUCCCGAAGCUCAACGGCGGUGCACGGAACUACCCUGCCUCCGGCAUGUCCGCUCUCCUUCCCCUCGACCUCCGCCGCGGCGAGAGGCUGAGCGCGGAGGUGAUAGUCUGCGGCGGCGCCCCCAAGGAAGCCUUCAAGCUCGGCGAGGUCAACAAGUUCCCGCACGCGCUCCGGGACUGCGCGCGCAUCAACCCGUCUAAGCCCGGGGCGCGGUGGGCGAUCGACUUCAUGCCAGUGGGCCGCGUGAUGGGCGACAUGCUCAUACUGCCCACCGGAGACCUCCUGCUGCUCAACGGCGCGGCCCAGGGCUGCUCGGGGUGGGUUUUCGCCCGGGAACCGGUGCUGACCCCGCUUCUCUACUCUCCGCGGAAACGACGGGGCGCGCGGUUCCGCGCCCUGGCCGCGUCCAACAUCCCACGCAUGUACCACUCCAGCAGCGCGGUGCUGCCCGACGCCACCGUGCUCGUGGCCGGCGGCAACACCAACUCGGCCUACAACUUCUCUGGCGUCGACUUCCCGACGGAGGUGCGCGUCGAGCGGUUCAACCCGCCGUACCUCGCCCCGGAGCUUGCGGCCACCAGGCCGGAGAUCGACAUGGCGUCGGUCCCAGCGAACGGGGUGAAGUACGGGGACAAGCUCACACUCAGGUUCACGUCGCCCGGGCCAGCCGUGACCGACGCCGACAUGAAGGUGACCAUGUACGCGCCGCCGUUCACCACACACGGCUUCUCGCAGAACCAGCGGCUGCUGGUACUGCAGGUCACCGCGUUCAAGCCAGAAGGGAACAGGUACAAGAUCACGGCCCAGACGCCGUCGAAGCCGACCCUCGCGCCGCCAGGCUACUACUUCGUGUUCGUUCUGGUCAAGGGGGUGCCGAGCAAAGCCGCUUGGGUGAAGAUACACCCCUGA